UCGUCGACUGUUGCAGGAAUGAAUCCAAGCGACUUCCUCACCUCCUUCUGCCUCGUUUUUCUCGGCACAUGGAGCUCAAGCCUGGCGUCGAAGGAGCCAUUUUUCACUCACAUGGCGCCUUGCGUGGGAGAGCCGAUCACUGCCGUCAGUGUACCUCAGAAAGAUCAGGCAGCACUCUCAGCGUGGAAUAACCUUUUCAGGCAAAACGCUGCAGGCAGUGGAGCUGGCUUUGCCCAACUCUUUCAGAAAGCCAAGAGCAUCGCGACGAGCUCGUCCGUUCUGCUCAGAAGGUGGAACCGGUGUUUGGCGGCGGUGUGCGUACCGGACACGUCUCUGCAGUCUGUCUCAUGCCGCGCCCUCUACUUUUCUUACAACCCGCACAAGCACACCUGCACUCCGCAGAGAGGUUUCUGCCAGCGGACCAUCAACCACUUCGCCUCGAUGGAAGACUGCCGGAUAGCGUGCACCAGCCCGAAGGAAAGUGGCCGUGCGGCUACAAUGCCAACGCCCCAAGACACGGAGGUCAGAUUAAUCAUUAUGCGCAAAAGGAACGGUGCCUCAGUGACACUAGUGAACAGCACGCUAAAGGUGCCACAGAAGAAGAAUCUUUUCUUCGUCGGCUACCUUCUUCCAGAUCCUUACGGUCCUCUGGUAGGAAUGCCGAAAAGCAGCGUCCAUCGACAAAGUUCCGUCACCAAGGUUGCCGUCAAAAAACCUGAAGCUACAAAAGCUCAUACUCCUUCAAGUGCUACUAAGCAAUCCUUGCCGUCUCCUGUGGGCGGCUUAACAGGUUUUCCUCAAGGGUCACUCAGCACUUCGAAGCCAUUGCCGCAGCCUCAGUUUCCUAAGCAAGUUCCAGGCAUGUUGGGUGUAGGGCCAAUGGCAGGCCAACAAGCUUCUAUUGGCGAUCGUUUUCCCUCACUACCGAACCUGCCAAACCUGCCUGCUCAGAAGCCUGCAACAUUCUUAUUUGAAGCUCAAGGACAACAACCUAACGUCCCUUCAGGGCCUCUGUUAAAGGAAACAGGUGCCUCUGAAAUACCCGCCGUAGGAAAGAAAAUAGUGUCCGCCAUGCCAUCAACGGGACAAACGGGACCUCUUGUAAGUGACAAGAGGCCUGCAUUAUCAUCAGCCCAGCCGCCUAUAAAUGCCUUGAUAUCUGGCGUGCCACUAUCGCCGCCUCCCAGCGCAAUGCAAGGCCCACUUUCGGAAGCAAGUCGGGCGCCGCUGCCAAUGCCCUCGGGACGCGCGGGAGAUUCACCCAAUACGUCCAAACCGAGACAGCUCUCCGACAUGUCGACGCCGACACUACCUCCUGGCAUGGUAGAUCCGUACUUGACAGACAGUCCGAUAAGCCCUCGCGCCGGUAAGUCAGCAUCAGACUCGUCCGAAGAAGACGAGUCCGAUGCGUCGAGCUCGAACAGCUCGAAUGACGACGAAGCUACUGAGAGGGCCGAGUCAACGUCGAAUACAUCGGAGUCGGGUCCUGAAGAAGAUUCGGGAAAAGUUCGGCACGCCAGAGAACUGCCGCCGGGCCUCGCCCGUACGAGGCGAGGAAAAGAUGAGAAAACACACAGGGUGGCUCCGAUGUCGCGGCGAAGCGCCAGGGAAGGUCCAUCGAGGGAGCCAGUGGUCGAAGAAAAGAUCGUCCCUGAAAGGGCCCAGCUUACGGGAAUGCGUACGGCGUAUCGCAGAAGCGUAGCCGCAUCCUUCCCGACAUCGAGCCGCAGGAGAGGAAAUGGUGGUCUGCUCUCGACGCGCUGGGCGCAGCCUCGAGGAUCUCGUUUUCAUUCAUCUAUAUCACUGUAG